AUGCGGCUGCAGCAGAGCUUCCCGGUGCCCUCGGUCCUCCUCCCGCUGCCGCUGCUGCUGCUGCUCUUCGGGCUCUGCAGCGGCACAAGUUUCCCAAGUAACAUCAACAUAGGGGGCCUUUUCCCCACCGGCUCCCAUGAGUAUGAAGUGUUUCGUUUUGCUCUGGCACAACACCAGGACGUCCCCAAGCUGGUGCCACAGGUGGACAUGGUGGACACGGGGAGCAGCUUCGCCAUGACCUACGCCUUCUGCUCCCAGUUCUCAAAGGGCGUGUACGCUAUCAUGGGUCUGUAUGACCGGCGGACGGUCAACAUGCUGAUGUCAUUCUGCGGCUCUCUGCACGUCUGCUUUGUCACGCCAUCCUUCCCUGUUCAGACCAACAACCAGUUCGUCCUGCAGCUUCGGCCCCAGUUACAGGAGCCCCUCAUGGCCCUGCUGGAGCACUUCUACUGGACCAAGUUCGUCUACAUGUACAGCUCUGACUCAGGUCUGACGGUGCUGCAGAGAAUCCUGGACACGGCGGCAGAGCGGACCUGGCAGGUGACCUCUGUGAACCUGGACACGCUGACAGAAGCGACCUUCAUCAAACUGCUGGCCGACCUCGACUUCAAGAAAGACUUUCAGAUCAUCCUGGACUGUGAGCUGGAGCGACUCAACUACAUCCUCAACCUGAUCGCCGCUCAGAAGAGGAACUUGAAGAACUACCACUACAUCCUGAAUAAUCUGGGCUUCAUGGACCUGAACAUGACAGAGUUUCAGAAGCUGGGGCCAAAUGUGACGGGCUUCCAGCUGGUGAACCAGUCUGAUCCAGCGGUGGAGAAGAUCAACCAGGACUGGCUCGACUUCGACAGCAAAGACCUCAAACUGGCCCGCAGGAGGCUGAGGUAUACAGGUGCUCUGACCUACGAUGGCGUCACCGUCAUGGCAACGGCUUUCCAGAACCUGCGGAAGCAGCGGAUUGACAUCUCUCGCCGUGGCAACGCGGGGGAGUGUCUGGCCAAUCCUCCAGCUCCGUGGGGUCAGGGCAUUGACAUACAGAGAGCACUGCAGCAGGUGCGUCUGGAGGGGCUGACGGGCCGGGUCCAGUUUGACGAGCGAGGACACCGGACCAACUACACCCUGUCCGUGAUGGAGCUGAGCCAUAAGGGGCCCAGGAAGAUCGGAUACUGGAACGAGAGGAGAGGCUACGUGAACACGGCGGUGUACCGGCCGCUGGUCGAGGAGUUCUACGGUCUGCAGAACAGAACGUACGUCGUCACCACCAUACUGGAAGCGCCCUACAUGAUGCUGAAGAAGAACCAUGAACAGUUUGUGGGGAACGACAAGUACGAAGGUUACUGCGCCGAGCUGGCCUCAGAGAUCGCCAAACACGUCGGCUUCUCCUACCGACUCGAGCUGGUCGGUGACGGGAAGUAUGGCGCCCGGGAUUUUGAGACGAAGAUGUGGAACGGGAUGGUGGGAGAGCUGGUGUACGGGAAAGCAGACGUGGCGGUGGCCCCGCUGACCAUUACCCUGGUCCGAGAGCAGGUCAUCGACUUCACCAAACCCUUCAUGUCUCUGGGAAUCUCCAUCAUGAUCAAGAAACCUACAAAGUCUAAACCGGGAGUCUUCUCCUUCCUCGACCCGCUGGCCUACGAGAUCUGGAUGUGCAUCGUGUUCGCCUACAUCGGAGUCAGCGUCGUGCUCUUUCUGGUGAGCCGUUUCAGUCCAUAUGAGUGGAAGGGAGAAGAGUCCGACGAUGAGGAUGAAACUCUGCCUUCAUCUUCCUCUCGGCGAGCUCUGCCCACUUCAUCUUCUGAGCGCACCCACUCUCCAGGUAUCUCUCAGAACCAGAACCAGAACCAACAGAAAGAAAAGGAGACUCCAGAGUACACCAAUGACUUUGGGAUCUUUAACUCUCUGUGGUUCUCUCUCGGGGCCUUCAUGCAGCAGGGCUGUGACAUCUCACCGAGGUCUCUCUCAGGACGAAUCGUUGGAGGAGUUUGGUGGUUUUUCACCCUCAUCAUCAUCUCCUCCUAUACAGCCAACCUGGCAGCUUUCCUCACCGUGGAGAGGAUGGUGUCGCCCAUAGAGAGCGCCGAGGACCUCGCCAAGCAGACGGAGAUCGCCUAUGGUACCUUGGAUGGAGGUUCUACCAAAGAGUUCUUCAGGCGGUCAAAGAUCGCUGUUUUCGAGAAGAUGUGGUCCUACAUGCGGAGCGCAGACCCCUCAGUGUUCGUCAAAAGCACCACAGACGGCGUGAGUAGAGUCAGGAAGUCAAAGGGGAAGUACGCCUACCUGCUGGAGUCGUCUAUGAACGAGUACAUCGAGCAGAGGAAGCCCUGCGACACCAUGAAAGUGGGCGGAAACCUGGACUCUAAAGGCUACGGAGUGGCCACGCCCAAAGGAUCACCUCUCAGAAACCCCGUUAACUUGGCGGUAUUAAAACUGAACGAGCAGGGCCUGUUGGACAAAUUGAAAAACAGAUGGUGGUAUGACAAGGGAGAAUGCGGCAUCGGGGGAGGGGACUCCAAGGACAAAACGAGCGCACUCAGUCUGAGCAACGUAGCCGGAGUGUUUUACAUCCUGAUCGGAGGUCUGGGGCUCGCUAUGCUGGUGGCGCUGGUCGAGUUCUGCUACAAGUCUCGCAUCGAGUCAAGACGGAUGAAGGAGCUAAUCGAUGCCGCCAUGGUUAGCGGAGGAACGGGAGCAGGAGGAGGCGUGGCGGCGGGAGGUUACGGAGUGGUCGGAGGUGGAGGAGCGUCGGGGCUCGGAGGCGAGAACGGCCGAGUGGUGGCUCACGACUUCCCCAAAGCUGGAGCUCAAGGUUUACCAUGCAUGAGCAAAACUACCGGCCUGGGACUGUCCUCCACGGGCAUGUGAUCAAAACGGAGACUCCUGAUUGGACGGAAAGCUCGCUUCUGUCUGCCCGUUGGUCUGAGAGUGACGGAAGAGGA